GCUGAUUUUUAUUUGCUACAAAUAUGUCGGAUUCAAAUGUCGGCAAUACGAAUUCUGAAAAUAGUACAAAUGGGGAAACCUCUAGUUCAGAUAAAAAGCCAUCUUUAACAAGCUUGACACAUAAGUUGAAAGCUGAAGCUCUUCGGAGAUAUAAAAUUGACGAUGAAGUCAACAACGAAGCCGAAGGCCGUACUCAAGAUUUAGCUCAAGAUGGAAACGUUGAUUCGAGCAAACUAAAAGGGCAAGAGCUGAAUAACCACCCACAAUCAGACGAUGUUACUAAGCAAGAAGAAACGAUAGAACCCAAAGGAAAUCAGGAAAGUGCUGGUUUAUCUGUGAGUGACACAGUGAGCACUGGAAAUGAGAAAGAAUUAUUAAGUGGUCCGACCGUAGAACAGGGCACCGAUGUCGCAAAAUCGAAUGAAGCUGAUGAGAAGCAAAACAUUGCAUCGGAAAAAUUUGAAGACACUGAAUCAACUAAAAGUCCAAACGAGAGCUUGCAGGUUUCUGAUUCGAUAAAUAAUCAAAAGAUAGACUCAAGUGAUCAUUACUUUGUUGAUUCAUCAAAUAAUAAAGAUACAGUGCCAGAAUCAUCUUCUGUCCCUACUGAAGGGUUAGAGUUAGUGGAGGAUACGUAUCGAUCAUUGGAAGGAAACAGAAGUGAUAUUAUCUCUGCUGUUAGUGCAAAUACAGUCACUGAAGUUGAAGAUAGAAAACUUGGAUAUUCUGAUAAGAAUGAGCAUUUUACUCAGUCCAGUGAAAAUGGUCCCUUACAGAGUAAUUAUAAUAAUACAACUAGCUAUGAUAAUGGAAGUGAACUUAUUGACGGUUCUUCUGAAAUCCAACUUCAGUCUGGGAAUGCAGUAUUGUCAGACCAAGUUAAUUUGAUUAAGUCAACAUCGAAUAUUGAUGACAGUUCUGGAACAAAUACUAUCGAAAUUUCUGAAGCUGAUAAAGUUAUGCAGUCAUUAGAUCAAGACAUGGGGAGUGGAAGUGCAGAAUUUAAAGAUGUGAUGGGAAAUGAUCAUUCUGUUGAAAAUAGUGACAAUAAGAUGCUAGAAAAGGCAGCCUUAACAAGUGAGGAAAUUGAAGAUGACGAGGCAGCUCAUCAGGAAAAUGCUUUCUCUAAUGACUUGGAAACUGAUUUAAAAUCCAAUGUAAAUAAUUUAACAAGUUCCACAGAACAGAAUGAGAGCAAUGAUGAAAACAAGGGUUUAGAACAAAAUGUUACAUCAAAUACAAGUAAUAUUGAUGCCAGGUCUUUCAAAGGUAACAAGUAAACAAAAUGUAUCUUUUUGGUUGUCAGUUAAAAGGAACAUGUGUCCAUUUUGGUUUGAAAUUGGGCAUGUGUUUUAUUUUUUCUGGAUAUGAAAAUGUUAGCCCCCCCCCCCCCCCCCCCCCUCAGGCAGCAACUGAAGGUAGAGGAGACUUCAGCAUCCUGUUGUGAAAAGUUAAAAUAAAAUAUUCUACCCCCUAAAGGCCUUAACCCUUUGAGUUAUAUUGCACCCUACCUAGGGUCAAUUGUAUGGAAACUGGAUGCCACUAUCCACUGGAUAGUGAUUUUUUCAAGCUUUCUUAAAUUGAUCAUUGACUGGUUCAACCCACAUACUCAAGUUGCCCUUUAUUAAUUGUUGGAUCCAUAUUGGAUUUCAUAGUUUUAUUAUAUUUUUACAACCGUUGAAUUAAUCGCUAUUUGGUUGAUAUUGCGCUUAAUCGCUGCCUUCGUACAACCGACCCCAGUACUUUCAUUGGUAAUUUACUGACUCUCUAAUGCCAGACAAUUUUACUUGGCAAGGGGAGAGCACUGGCAUUGAAUUGGUUAAUUGCUUUAUGAGAAAUAAUAAACUGUCAGGAUUCAACAAAUGCUGAUGGACAAGGAGCCCUUUUGGAAAAUGCAGGUCUUUGUGCUUGUUUCCACUAAAUGUAAAUGAUGGGUCUGUGCAAGAUACUGCAUGACCCUGUGUGGUAUUUUUUUAUAAUAAAAAAGUUGAACUACAGUAAUAUGUUCGUCUGUGUGACUAGUAGUCAACUGACAUUAAUAGGACUUGUCCACUUGGGGAAAGGAAUGUUAUGGGAAUGUAAAUGUAUGUUGUUUUGCAGGUAAUAUAAUGGAGCAAAAAGAUGGCAAUGAGGAAACCUCUCCAAAACUAGAUGAAGGGAAUGAUACAAGUGAGUCUGUUGAACAUGAUGGUGGUGAUGUGAUCUCCCCUCCUAAUCCUCAGGCAGGGAGUACACAGGAAGAAUCUGUAACAAAUCAAUGUGGUAUUGAUGCAAGUUAUCAUAAUGUAGGGAGUGCAGAGGGAGAGCCCAGUGUAUCAGUUGAAGGUGGUCCAAGUUCUUCAAACACUGAUGCAGCUCAAACUAAUGAUGUUGCAUCAAGUGAAGGUGGUGGUGAUAACAAGAACACAGAUGGUGUGGUAGCUGAAGAGAAUGAGCAAAAUAUGGCUGAUCCUGCUCAGGAGGAUGCAACCAAAAAUGGUAUAAUAGAAAAUUGCUUCUCUUUGAAUAUCACAGUUCUGUGUUACCCAAAGAGAAUCACUUGGAAUAAACAGGGGGUGUAGGAAUUAAGCUUCAUUGUUAAACUUAAAGGGCAGGGGACAUUAUAUUCCACAAGGUUGGCUCUAAAAUGUGGAGAUCAUUGUCUCUAGAUCUUUGAAAAUGGCAUUCUUAGUAUCUUCUCUACCGCUUUUGUUAAUUUGUUCAUGAUUAUUAUUUGUGAGUCUAGCGCUGUCUGUGUUAGGAUGGCUUUAGUUAUUAAUUAUUAGUUGGCCGAUUAGCACAAUUUUUUUAAAAUUUAAUAUUUUUAAGGGAGGGGGAGAAGCUAUUCCAACUCCCAUAUAUAAAAUGUUUUGGGUGUGUAGCCCCCCCUCUUCCCCCUGUUUCUUACAACCCUUCAGCAGAAUAUGGUGGGGGACAUUUAGUAUUUUACUAGUAAGAACUGAGUUAAAUAUCACUGCUUCACCCUGAAGACCAAGCCUGGGUAUAGUACAUGUACUAGGGAGCUUAAGAUACACCAAAUCUAUGACGCGGACAUGACGAAAAACUGCCCUCUAUGGUCACAGUUUUGCCUCACGGGUAAAAGUAUGGAUUUUUGUUGGUAACCAAAGCCAGGGACAUGAGAAAAACAAAGUAAAACAACUAGUCUCCCAUUAUUAGUGACUGGUUUUUAGUCGCGUCCGCGUCGCAGAUUUGGUUCAUCUUAAGCUCGCUACCUGUUGGUUUUGGGACAUUUUAUAUUUUUUAGCAACACAUGAUCAUCCCAUCAAAACUUGAGACUACUUUUAAAUUAAUAGUUUCUCCUAUAGGAAUCCAAAUUUCCUAUAGAAAUUUCAAUACAAAAUCUUAUAAUUGUGCCAAUUAGGUUAUUAAGCCAUUCCAAGCCCUCUGUAAAAUUUAUUUCUUAAUUACCGUGAUGAACAUUUUCUGUCAGAUAAAUCUCCUACUGAUGAAGAUGAGAAAGCAUACUUAACAGAUGAUUUUUAUUAUGAAAGACCAACAUCAUUAUUCAAUCCAUUAUUGACCGAAGGAGUUCCUCGCGAUCUUCUUUCCCUGCAGUAUCCUUUUUAUUACAGAUGUUACCCAAGUGUGCACAUGCAUAAAAAUCACAUUCAUGCCCACAAAUGUUUAUGUACUUUUUGUGACCAUGCCUAUGUACUUUUUGCAUGAUGUUUACAAUUCCAAAUUUAAACAAUCAAUCAAGUUUUUAUAGUUAGUUAAUAAUUGUUACAAGAAUCAGACUGGCUGCUUAGAAUUAGAAUAAAAUUGUAAACAUGUAAUAAGUAUGUAGUUGUGGUUGUCAAUGUUUGUGGGCAUGAAUCGAAUAUGAAUUUUGGAAAUAAAAACACACUUCUAUGACAUCCAUAAUAUCUUUUGAAAUAUAAGUGGCACUGCGUUCCUCGAAGCGUUCAAUGGAAGCAAUUGAUGCCUCAUUCCGGGAAAUUGUUACAAGUGAUAGUCCAAGCGGGCAUCUUUAGUUAAAGUUAAUCUUCUGACUAGAAGUGAAUUAUGAGACAUUGUAUUUAAUUGGACGUACAGUACAUAAUGUACUGUAUAACGUUGCAAGUAUCAGAGGAUAGUUAAGGCUCUAUUAACGUGAUCAUUAUGCUUUGAAGUAAAUUCAAAUCUUCGUAUAAAUCAUUUUAAAAUUUGUAAAACGACUGCUGAGUGAAAUCAUUAUAAAAAAUGAAAAUCAAAUUGAAGCAAAAACAUGGAUACAGUGGAACAACAACAGCCAUAAAAGUUUGGCCGUAUUAAUGGGGCCGUACCACAUUAUAAAUGUGUUGACUCUCAGUUUCAAGUUCACGACUAAGAAAUAUCGGCGACCUUCGACUGGGGCAAGAAGAAAAAAAAAAUCAGUGACCUGUUGAAAGGGCAUCUGCGUUGUCAGUGUUCACAGUCGUGUCGGUUUUCUAGAUUUACAGGGUGCGAUAAUUCAAGAUUUUUAGUCGUACCUGACUGACGCCAAUGAUUAUUGAUGCGUACUUGCGCUAGUACAAACUCAAUACUCAAUGUGUACUUAGUCUUUAAAAUAAAGUAAACGUUUCUGACUAUGAAGUAUUCAAACUACGAGUUAGAACAAGAAGCACAAUGGAUCAUUUGCAUUAUAGACUAAAUUUUGAUCUAGAAAAAAAUUUCAUCACAGCUUGAAAGAGCAUCACAAAAUUAGUAAUAUUCCAAAGUUUCGUUGCGAAAUGUUGUAAAAUGCGGAUAAUAUAGCCAUGCGAAGUUUGCCGUUUUUCAGUCAUUUUGUAUUACGUACGGGAAAUUGACAGCCCAAUCGGGUGUUGGGGCAUCAAUUUCCCGUUUAUAAUACAAAAUGACUGAAAAUUGCAAUUUUCGCAAGGCUAUAUUAUCCGCAUUUUACAACAUUUCGCAACGAAACUUUGGAAUGUUACUAAUUUUGUGAUGCUCUUUCAAGCUGUGAUGAAAUUUUUGUCUAGAUCAAAAUUUAGUCUAUAAUGCAAAUGGUCCAUUGUACUGUAUAUUAUACAAAAAAUGGACUCCAUCUUUCCUUAGUCGCCUUAAUCCAACCGUGUUUCAUGCCAAGACAUGUCAGACUUAAACACGUACCAACUAAGUUACGGUAUUGAAUACGAUCAUAUGGUGCCUGCAAAAAGUAAGUACGCAGAUAGCAAGAGUUCCGCGUACCUAUACGUGGUACGUGGCUGAAAACAAGGAAGUAUCAGACCGUAAUAUUGGCGUACCUCCGGUACGUAAGCACGCGAAUUAUCGCACCCUGAGAUUUAGCGCGAGUGGCCGUAUUAACGUAACGGGGUGAAAUUAUAUAGAGAAUAAUACAUGGGUGCGCGGAAAUACCAGAUUUAUUUCGAGUGUUGAUCAUGAUAUCUCACGAGUGAGCGCAGCGAACGAGUGAGAUAUCAUGUUCAACACGAGAAAUAAAUCUGGUAUUUCCAAGCACCCAUGUAUUUUUCUGUUUAUUAUAUAAAGGACACUCUUUGAAAAGCGAUAAUUUUUACAGAAAAGCGAUAAUUGAAAAGCGAUAAUUUUCACAUGUGAGAUUAUCAUGAAUAAUCUCACAUGUGUGAUUAUCAUUUUUAUCAGUGCUCGAAAUCUCUAUAAAGCACUAUACUUUAUAUAAUAAAUAGGAUUAUACUGUUUGGGAUUUCAGAAUGUGGCCGUUGGCCGUAUUAACGGGUGAUUGUAUUAACCGGGUAUUUUUAUAAGAAAAUGUAUGGCCCGUAAGGCCGUUUUGCCGGGCCGAAAAAAAGUGUCCGUAAUAACGAGGUAAGGCGUGGUCCCACCAUAUAUAUAAUAUUGUAUGAAACUGAAUGAUGGGCCAACAUGUUGACAGCUGGAGAAAACAAUUUCCUUCCUGGGAGCCCAACCUGGAUAUAGAAAUUUCCUGCAGAGCGACUGAGUAUUUUUGUGCUACUGUAAAUCUGUGCCUACACGUGAUAUCCUAGCUGGUCAUAGUAAACUCAAGAAAAAAUGUCUGUCAACCAUAACUUGUUGGGCCCACAGUGUGACAUGCGUGUUAGGGUUUCCUUCAAAUUUUCAAGUUGGAAAUUAACAUAUUCUGCCUUGUUUAACUGGUUGUAAAAAUUUAGUUUAAUUUGUUGUCUGUUUCAAUGUUUUUCUUCUUAACUCUGUACCCAGUCAUUCAUUUGGUUAUGAGUGCACAAAAAGAGAGAAUCUGCAUAUUUUGGACACAAAUACAGUUGUAUUUUCCGCUGGCAACUUGGUACAGAUACUAAAUUUGAAGACAAUGGAACAGACGUAUAUUGGUGGGACUAAUGAUGGUGGUAUAGGAGCCAUUACGGUGAGUAGUAGCCUGGUAGUAGGGACAUUAUAGGGAUAUUGGAGACUUUUUGGGAUAUUGUAGUUUUUAAUUAAUACGCAGUAAAUGGACCUUAGAAGUGCUCACGUCACGUUAUUUUCAAACAAUGAAUUGUUGACCCACGAGUAUCCCACAAUGCACUGUGCAUUCCAGAAGUCCUCUGUAUUAAAAAAUACAUGACGUAAGCAAUUCUAUGGUCUAUUUGCAUAUAGUGCCGUUCUAAAGUUACGUGUUUCUCUUCACUGUAUUUCGUUCACAGACACAGGCAUUACGUUUUUAUAUAUGCAAUAACUUGAAAAAGGUGACUCAAAAGACGGGAUACACUCUUUAUAUCACACGCAGUGACUGACGCGAGAUUAUAAUCACACAACCUUACCUUAGUCGCAAACCUUGAUAACUUGCACACCGCCCCCAAUUUGAAACAAAUUUAGUUUUAAUUUGUUUUCGAUUAAUUGUGUCACACCGCGAUCUUGUAUUUACCUUAAUAAUUAUUUGGUUGUUGCUGUAGUUCUGUGUUUUGAGUAGUUGUCAAAUUAUGCUUUUAUACAGUAUAUGUACAGUCUGGACGCCCCCUUUUGAAACCAGCUUUUGCUGAUGGGGCUAGCCUCAUUAUUAAAUAAACUUUUAAGUAAAUAAAUAAUUCACCAACCACUGCGCCACCAGCACUCCGUGUUACUGAUUGCACCCAACUGUCCACUGUAUUUUAGGUUCAUCCAAGUCGUAAGUAUUUCGCGGUUGCAGAGAAAGGAGUGUUGCCAAGCAUAAAUAUUUAUGAAUAUCCUUCGCUCAAGUUGUUUCGAGUGUUACGAGAAGGAACACUAGAGGCUUAUGCUCAUCUCAAUUUCUCCUCCAAUGGGACGAAACUUGCCUCACUUGGUAGUUCUCCUGAUUUCAUGUUGACUGUUUGGGAUUGGAAGAAUGAAAAAGUCAUUUUGAGAUCUAAAGCAUUCUCACAAGAUGUUUACAAGGUCGCAUUUUCUCCCGAAAAUGAGGGACAUUUGUGCACUAGUGGAAGUGGCCAUAUCAGGUAUGAAAUGUCGUCUGCACGCUUUCUGUAUGCUUUAUAUAGUAUUUCAUUUUUAAACUUGUUCCUGAUUCACGUUUCAAUGUGGCGUACGUGACUGUCAGAAUGUGUGCCGCCUCCAUCAGGGAAUUACUGCAUUUUACGCUACGCUACCAUUAAGCGACCAUUAGCCAAUCAGAUGCGUUUGAUAUAUAUACCCGAUUAGCCAAUCAGAUGCGUACUAAGCCAGCAAGAGAUAACGGUAGUGGAAGUCAAAUCUGAACCUCCCUAAUAAAAGGCAUGCGGAUCUCACUCAGCUGCAUGAGCUCGUAUGAACAUGCACUAAGUUGUACAGGACCAACUUGAGCUGUUAUUUAAUAACAGUAUAUAGCUUUAGGAUAUAUAUUAGUACAUAUUACAUAUAAUGGAAAACAGAAAUUGUCAGAUCAUGAUAUAUUUUAUUUGUUCACGUGGAGUAAGAUGAACAGUAAUCUUUCCAAGUUUGAAACGUCAAAUCUAGUGGACCUAAUAUUCGUUGAUUCACAGAGUGUGGUUGAAUAAUUUGUUUCAGGUUUUGGACGAUGGCAAGUACGUUCACUGGUCUUAAACUGCAAGGUGAAUUGGGAAGGUUUGGUACAACUGAACUCACUGAUAUUGAAGGUAAGGCACAAGUUAAACAAUACGAAUACUUCAUUCUAUCCAAUCUGAAGAUAUAGAUUCAUUCAGAGUAAAGGUAGGCUACGCAUUCAUAUACAGCGAUACGUGAAUCUGUAACUCAAUCUGAUGAUUUGAUGUCAGCAAUUUCGCUGACACCGAUCUCCAGUAAAAAUAGACUGAAUACUCAGUUCAGGUUCAGUAUAGGUCAGUGCUCUAUACAGUGUAUACCUCGAACAAUCUGGAUGUUUGGAAAAAGGCCCUUUCUCCGUUUUAGUACUUCCGUUUUAGUACUUUAGAAAAUUCUCGACCGAUGCUAGAAAUAUCAAGGUAGUCAGUUUUUGUACUACUGUACAUGGCUUGUAGAGAUGUGAUGACAGAUUGGACAGUUAGCAUUAGUGCGUCUAGAAUAGGCUAGAAAAGUAUUAUCCAUGUGUAAAUUAGAGAGGUUCAGAAUUGACUUCAAGAACCAUUACCAGCCGCUAGCUCUCACAUGCUUAAUCUGAUUGGUUAAUGAUAACGUAGCAGUAGUUGAAGUCAAAAUCUGAACCUCUCUAUUAACCUUCAUAUAAUUCAAAUCCAUUUGGUAGUUUUAUUUUCACUCCAAAUCCCAUCAGAUACGAUUUAGAAUGGCUUUACUACAUCUUUAGUUUUCACGAAAAGUUGAUAAUCAGCACGUUUUCUCUACUUUCAAUUUUUAAACAAGGAUUUGUUGAGCUUCCAGACGGUAAAGUACUUUCUGGAUCAGAGUGGGGUAAUAUGUUGUUAUGGGAUGGUGGCUUGAUUAAAGUUGAAAUAUGCAAGAAAGGAAACAAACUAUGUCAUAAUGGAAUGAUUGAACAGUUCUUUAUGGAUGAAGGAGAAUUGAUGACUAUUGGGGCGGAUGGAUUUAUUAAGGUUUGUACUUUCUUCCCCAGUUUGACAGUCAUAAUAAAUAAGUGCCAUAGAUACUUCUAUUGUGUGUAUAUUUCCAGUAAACACAUGAUUAGUACAUAUAUAUAGUGAAACCCACCUAUACAGCACAUCACGGUCGGUGGACCUAGCUUGUUUUGGUAGGAAGAGGAGGGAGGGGUGGACGGGCAUUGGUCAUGGAGCGGUGCGUGACCGUUGAUUGAGGCUAAGUGGAUCAAUGCUGAGAAGGCCCUGCACCCCCAUGCUUUGAGAUCCCACGCCGCCUAGUUAAACCAAUUCGAAAUUUUUCAGUAGAUGAAUUUCAUCUGCAGCGAGUAAGAUAAUCUUCGCAGAUAAUCUUCACGGCUGGAAUGCUCAAAUACGUCUUAGACAGCACAGUAUCAUUGACACUGAUAACGUUUCCCACAGUUCACUCGGACCAGUCUUUCGCGCGAUCUAUGUAUUGUCGCGAUCUUGAUCUUGCGGGGUUGGUUUGGAUAUUUAAAGCAUGCGUUAAUUUCAAUGACCGCAGUUAAUAAACGAACGUCCAAUUAGCAAAUUAAAAUAACGUAAUAAACGAGAAAAUAGACUUAAUUGUACGGCGCGCGCGUGUUAUGUUUCUUUCCAGUGCGUUAUCUGACUAUCUGAUCUCUUUGGACUAAAUUGUAUUCUGUCAAGAGCAAUACGUAAAAUCGAUUUGUUUUCAAAUAUUAAUAUCAUCAAGGCCAUGAGCGUUUAAGCGCGCAUUCCAGUGAAGAGCAGUGUUCCUCCAUGGGCACCUUAAACAACACGAAAUAGCCCAAUGUGUGCUCAGUCGUUUCCCCCCACAUAGCUAUUGAGAGCGCGAGUAACCCCCUAGUUUAAGCAUGUUUACAAUGGCUGGCAUUGUUUACAAUAAGUGGUGGUGAGGAGCGGAUUCAUCUGAAACAGGGAGUUAUUUCUGAAUAGAUUUGUGUUUAAAACGUCCCAAAAAAUUCACGUCCACGUCCCAAAAAAUUCAACUAUGUACGUUUGCUAACCGAUUUCUCUAGGUGUGGGAUUUUGAAGCUAUUGAUAAUGCUGACAUCACAGACGAAAAUAGUCGGGUAUUUGAAAUGGAACCCAUGUAUGAACUUAAAGUAAGUAAUACUAAUAGGCAACGGCGAAUUUAAGAAAGCUUGAAAAAUCACUAUUCCGUGGAUAGCGCCUUCGUACAAUUAGGGCCAUCUAAAGUAUUAGAUGUCACCUGCUGUAUACUGAAGUAUUGUUCUAUCUAUGUAAGGUUGGGCCUGAUGUAAAAUUGAAAUCAAUGGUAAAAUCUGUCAAUCUUAGUACACCAACAAUUUGGUAUGGACAGGUAUGAUCAACGUGCAUGUAUUUUUUAUAGUCAUGGUCACUGGUGAAUUGCACAAUAAAUCACAUAGUUUAAACAUAAUUAAACAUUUCUGGUAUUAUUUUAAUAGGAUGCAUCUGGUGGACUAUGGAAAUUGGACCUUUCUUUUACACAUACAGUAAGUUUGUUAUCAAUUGCAAAGUUUAAUGUUCUGGUGCAUGUGCAAUACGAAAAGACUAAAGGAGUUUACACUUGCAAUUUUUGCUGCGAUUUUAGGUGCAAUUUUCUUCUUCUGAUGGAUGUGAACGAGUGGAUAAGUUAUGAAUGUUCAGAUGAGGGAACAUGUACUCAGAACAUUCAUAACUCCUCUACUCGUUCACAUCCAUCAGAAGGAGGAAAUCGCAAGCAAAAAUUGCAAGUAUAAACAGGCCUUGUGAUGCAAUGUCGUGUACAAAUGUUUGUUGGUGGUAUAGGCAGAAGAAGCUUCUUUUCGUGAAGAGACUUCACGAAACACCUUGCUGUAGGUUGUCUUCUGGGCAUUCUAUUUUUUCCUGAAGUAACUUGGACCAUUAUAAAUAUUAUAGCCUGUGUAGCUGGUGGUUCGCAGGCUAAUAUAAUUCGGAAUAGCUCUCGGCUAAGAAAUUAGACGUCAUACCCAGACUCAUUAUUAAUUUAUUAUCAUAUGACACCUUACAUUGUCUGCCUUCUUCUUGUAGAGUCACGUUCCUGAAAAGUUAUUUUCCUUCCAUGCUGGCAAUAUCACGUGUGUAGACGUGUCACCCAGCAAUCACAUGGUCGCUACGUGUGGUUUAGAUUGUAAGUACAGCAUCAUUCUGAUAAUGCAUGUAUAGAGCGUUAAACUACAGUAUUAUACCGUAUAUAUAUGCCUUAAUGUACAGUCAUUGACUUUUGAUGAUAUGCAAUUGAUACCGAAAUCACUCAGUAAUCAAAUGGGACCGAAAUCACUCAGUAAUCUCUUCACAUAUAAGGGUGAGGUGACAAACUACAAACUUCGGAACAUUUCAAGUAGUCUUUGUUUACCACAACCGCGUACUAAUAAUAUGAAAAAAAGUUUCGUGUAUGACGGAGCACACGUUUGGAAUUCUAUUCCUAAAGAAAUAAGAGAGAGCAAAUCCUUUUCUUCCUUUCGAAAGAAAAUCACUACUCACAUUGACUGAUAGCUAAUUAACAUAGAUGUUAAUAUUAUCUGUAUAUAGAUUACUACCUUAGUUUGUUAGUUCAUAUAAUACUAUAUAUCUUAUAUAAUUUUGUAAAUAGUUUUAUAAUUCUUUUCUGUAUACUUUUCGCACGCCCCUCGUGGAAAUCAGCUUCGGUUGACGAGGUCAGCGUGUUUAAAUAAAGUUUAUCUAUCUAUCUAUCUACAUUGUAUACAGUCUAUUUUGGAUUUUCACUGUCAAAAAAUUGAGCAUGAUGGUCCACGGUAGAUUAAAUCCUGUUUUUUAUUUGGUCAUGCAUGACUGUCACGAACAUGUACAGGUAGGUUAUCGAUGUACGGUAAUAGCAGGGUACGAUAAAUCGUGUACUUACUACGCAAACAUUACGGUCUAGUACUUCUUUGCUUUUAACCACGUGGGUAAGCGGACUCUUGCUCUCUGCAUAGUACUACUUACUUUUUGUUGAUAUCAUACGACCUUUCCAAACAAGUGUAAGUCUGACAUGUCUUGGCAUGAAACAUGAUUGACUGAUGAGACUAAAGAAUGUUGGUGUCGAUUGUAAUGUAUGUGCAAUUGUGCUCCUUCUUCCAACUCGUGGUUUUAGGUUACUGAAUGAAUACCUUUCAGAAACCUGUACUUUAUGUAGUUUAUUUUAAAGACUAAGUACACCUUGAGUCUUACAUUUGUACCAGCUGAAGUAUACGGCAAUAACCAUUGGAGUAGCAGUCAGGUACGACUAAAUAUCUUGAAGCUGCAUCAUAUACACAAGCCCCCAAAUUAUAUUUUUCGUUACCUACUUUGGAGUUUGCCCCCCAACAUUCAGAAUUCUAUCUCUACGAUUAGUCCGGAGUGAGUAGCAUGCAACACAUAAAACCCACUCAGAUAGAUCGAAACUAUUUCACUUGGCCAACCACAUUGACUUGGUCACGACAGCCAUACUCACGAUGAUUGUUCAAACUAGGCUUUGACGCCUUGGAGUCAACAGCGCCAAAUGUCAUAACGUGACGUCAUGUAUAUACAUGUAAAUGAAUGUAAGCAGUCGAAAUAUUGUUCAAACUACAACAUUUAUUCGAAACAUUGUUGAAACUACAACAUUCAUUGUUUUUUAGGUACGGUUCGUCUUUACGAUUAUGUAAAUAAGACGGCGCUGUGUUCGGCAAAAUAUUCUCGUGGUGCAGCAAGUCUACUUUGGCUUCCUAAAGCUGUAAGUUAACAAUAAUUAUGCAAUAAAUUAAAGAGGACAUGUUUACUGAGCUGGUUUCGGUUCUAAUGUAAAGGAUGUUCAGGAAAAAGCCCCAGUCAAUAAUAAAUAUUUACCGAGUAUAUUGCCUUUUACUACUUUGAAUAUUUGCAUUAUCAUGCCACAUUAUACUUGGUAAACUGAACAUGUAUUCUAAAUGUCUUUUCAUAAUUGUAGGUAGACCCUAAGUGUGCGUCUAUUCUCUGUGGCUUCUCUGAUGGUGUAGUUCGGUAUUUAUCAGUGGCCAAAGACGACGCUUCAGCUGUACGAAAUAGAAGAAAUAAAUCAAAUUUAAGUUUUCAAUUACUACAAGUCUUCAAGCCACAUACAAAAAGCGUUACGUGCAUUGCCAUUGACAAACAUGGAAAAAUGUUAGCAACCGGAGUAAGUUUUAAUCACAUUAUUACAGUAGAUAUUGUAGUAUGGUGUAGAUGCAUUGCAUCACUAAGCGUUAUAGUUAACUUCAGAUGUACUACAAUUUUAACUUCAAAUGUACCAACAAAUGAUAAUAAAUCUUAAAUUUCCUUUUUACGUGCAUGCAGUAUUUGUUACCAAACGUAAAUCACUAAAUUGACAAAUGUCUUCACAAAAAUAGUUGAUCAUCAUGUGCUGUCACAAUUAAUGAAACGUAUGCACUAGACAAGUAUAGUCGUAAAUUUGUUAUGGCUAGAUAUCAGGAUUUUGGUUGGGUAAUUGCUAGAUAGUAUACUUCAAAAUAAGGUUUAUAACGUAGAAAAAACCAUCCUAACGCAAAACUAAACCCUAACCCUAAUACUAACCUUACCCUAACCCCAACCCUAACCCUAAACCUAACCUAACCCUAAACCUAACCUAACCCUAACUUAUUUAAAAAAUUGAUAUAAAAACAGAAACCUUAUUUUGAAGUAUACUAUCUAGCAAUUUCCAUUUUGGUUGGGCCUCUACACUCGAUAUAACUAAUUGUACAAGAGUUUUGCAAAUUUCGAGUUUUAUACAUUAGACCUAAUGAGGAACAGUUGUGAAAAAUGGCAGGACUCGAACCUGCGGUCCUGUGAUUCCGGUGCAGUGCUUUAACCAACAGAGCUACAGAGUUGUCGAGCUCUAAUCGCAAGUUCAUGUAUACUGAGGUAUACUGUAUAUUUCUUUACAACUACUCCUCGUUAGGUCUAAUGAAUGUAUAAAAUUUACACUCGAAAUUUCCAUUUGCCAAACCAUUGUACGUAAAUUUGUUGUAUUAAUAUCAUGGUGUAUUAGUUUCAGGUCAAGAUAUCCCUCGUGGAAACUUGAAACGUCAAGUAUGUUCCCAUGAGGCUAUGAGUAAUAUUUGUUUGAGCUAAUCAAUCUCGUUGGAACAUCUUAAAAUAUUCCUAUUAGUCAUAUUUUAACCCUUCCUGAGGGUUUUGUUCAUGAAAUGUUCAAUGUUUGAAUUUUAUAUAGAGUGAAGAUUGUACAGUUUUCUUCUUCACCAUUGGAGAUCAAGUUUGUAAACCCGUCGCAUUUAUCGAGACUGCUUCACCAGUGGUCUCGAUGUCGUGGUUGGAUAAUGCAAAGGUACAGUUUGUCUGACGAUGAUUCUGUAAUGGGAUCGAAAUAUAACAAUUUACGUCUUGUUUUACUUUUGAGUUUUGAAGAUGUUUUCAUUUUUCAGUUUUUGUACUUUAUUUCCUUAAAUUGUCGGUUGGUUAUGUAACCUUAUGAAAUCCCAUAAGAGUGUCCCAAAAUACUGCAAUUUCUCCAGGAAGAAAGUGUUUAAUGCAGUUUACUGUAGACCUCAUGAAGAAUUUUUUAAGAAAAGAAAAUUUUCUAAUUGUUACAAAUUAUUUCGCGGUGCCAAUGAAAGUUCUAUAAUGAAGUGUAUCGUUUUAGGAUCCUGGUGGACUUUUAGUGUUUUGUAAGGAUGGUGCUGUACUUGAUGUCGAGGCUCCGCGUAUUGAAACAGUUGAUACGACCAAGACAUUCCGAAUUCCUUCACAAAAUUUGGUCAAACGAGAAUACGUGUUUGCGAGAGUGAAAGAUAAACUAUUGGUAAGUGUACAUUUUACAUUUUAUAUCAAAAUGAAAAUCUUAAACAUUGAUCUGAGACGAGGAGGAAAUACAACAUUCCUUUUGCACGAAGCCCAUUCGUCUGGAAGGCUAUUAAUUUUUAAUCUUUUUCACAUACACAUGCAGUACGGUAGUUGAUAGUUGGCAAUAUAUUUUAGAGUAAUACUACUUACACACCUCCAUGCAAGCUUAAAAUUCUAGGAUGACGUAUCAGAAGGAAUGCUUCUACAGGUCUGGGAAAGAUUUGAGACAUAAAGAGUAUAUACUGUAUUUCUUAUAUAUUUAUGAUUGUAGAAAGCGGAACGUACAUGGCUAAUGUGCCGCCAAAUGUUUCGUUGUUACGCAAUUUAACGUUGUUACGUGAUAAAAAGGUAAAUUCUAGGUCAAACAACAUUAGGGACGGAAAGUGCUAGUGUGGGUAGAGAUGACAAUAAGAUAACUGCAGAUUGCGAGAGAUACGUUUUCGAAGAACAGUAUGUCACAGGUCAUGUCACAUUUAUGCUUGUAGAAAGCAAAAGUAAGUAAAAGGUAAAUAUUAAUGAUAGUCGUCAGGAGGAGUGUUUAGGGGUAGGUAUGAUUUAAGACAUUGAGACAUUUCUUUGUAACUGUAGAAAGAGGAAGAAAAUGAACUCGUUGAACUCAUUUGACUCAUGCAUAAGGAACAUUUUAUAACAUGGGAAAGUCUUUAGACAUUGACAUGACGUUUGUGUCUUCCUGUAGAAAGCGGAAGAAGAUGAACGCAAAGCUGAGAUUAAAGCAGAGAAAGAGAAACGUAAAGAGGAAGAAAGAAAGCGACGUCGUGCACGAGGUAUUCAAGAAGAAGAAGAAGAAGAAGAGGAGGACGAGGACGAGAAGGAACAGGAGGAAGAAGUUCCUGUUGAAGAACCUGUAGAUCAUGGACCAUGUCUCACUAUACGUGGCUUUCCUUCUGUUCAUCUUGACAAGUUCUGGAUGUUAAUGGUAUGAUUCUUUUCUGACAACAAUCUCUCUGUAUUUAAACUUCUCAACUUGAUGUGUCAUUCUCUUAUCCACCUGAUAUCAUUAUUUCUGUUUUAGCAAUUUAGUUACAUUCACCUUCAUUUCAACAAAUUCCUCUUCCAUACCAACAAUCCUCUUCACAGCUUCUCUUUCCUGUCGGCUUGAAUAAUGAAUUAUUUAUGUAGUCGCCGUGAGUACGUCUAAGACCAGCAAGUGUACUGUAGCAACGAACAACAAAGGUCUAUAGUGCAGAACAUUGAAAUGGUCUGUGUCACUGAACUUUGAGUUUUCGCUAGUACUGUUCACUGUUGCAAAAUCUUGCGCUAAAUUGAUUGAUGACAAGUUUGACUUGAUCAUGAUUGUUACAGGUCUGCAGUUAGCUCAACGUCGCUUGCAGGUAACCGGGUUACCGCGGAUCCCAACAUCUCACACUCAUGAAGCAGCGCAUCAUCAAUACCUCUACACAAUAUUAUUUCUCCUAUACAUUUGUUUUCUCUGGGUGAAACACAACCCAUGUACACAGCAAAAUUUCAGGCAAACCUUAAUCUGCUCUCUCAUAUACUAUAUUAAUUAAUUAAAUAUUUUAUCACAGGACGGUUGGGAUGCAGGUUAUAUAUACGAAUGUGAAUUUCCUAAAGAGGUACAAUCUGACGAGUCACCUGAAGCUACUGAACCUAUCAAUGCCAUCAAGUUACUAGAAUGUGAUGAUACGCCAAUACGGUCGUUCACCUACAGGUAAAAUUAUUACAUGUACGAAGACACUUCACAUAUUAAAUUAAAGUUCAUGUAUGUAUCUAGGUAGGGAUCUUUUAGUAGACUUUUAGUAAUUUUUGAUCAGUGUUUGAUGCUCCUUCAUUGAUGUAGCUAAUUGGUUUUUAAUUUUGGCGACUUUGAUUUUUUUAUGAAUGGGAAUUAUGAUAUCAUCGAUCACGUGAAAUAUAGGACCUAAACUUUUUGGCCAUCGAUGAAAACUAAAAGCUUUCAUCAUUAUAGAAAUACCCGAAUCGCCAGUUUUUCUUAAAAGGUUCCUGUGAAGAGCCACCAAUCUUGGUACGAGGUUUACCACCGGUUAUACUUUUUUUUAAAUAUACUGUACAUGAAUGACUAAUUCCGUGUUGUAUUUUCACUUUAAUCAAUGGCAAGGAAUCGUAAAGGUAAACUAAUAUAAAAGCGAUUUGUAACGAACUAUUUUCAAAAAAGAAAACAUUUUCAAAUGAAAUGAAGGAGUCAUGUUUUGAAAAAUUUUGCUCUUUCCUAAAUCGCAUCUAUCCAAAAUUGCAUACUUGUUUUAGCGUCUUCUUAAUUAAUAACUGAUCAUCUCUUCUCAAAAAGAACUUCAGCCAAUUCUACUGCGUUAAGCUUAAUAUAUGGUUACACAACAUGAUCUCUUCUCAAAAUUAAGACUAUGUAAAACUUUUGAAAAUUAAGGAUAUGGCUUAAAUUUGAAAUUCUCCAAAAUUAAGGCAUAGCCUUAAUUUAAUAAUACCACAAUCAUUAGGCAAGACUUCUUGUUAUAAAAGUAAUGGCCUUAGAAAAAAAAGGUCGCCAGAUUUGGACCGGAUUAGGGUUAGACUAAGAUUAGAUUAGGGUUGGGGGUUAGAGGUUAGGGUGGGGGUUAGAGGUUAGGGUGGGGGUUGGGUGGGGGUUAGGUUUAAAAUUUAGGCAAUGUCUUAAUUUGAAUGCUUUUUACAAUUAAGACAUAGCCUUAAUUUUCGGAAGAGAUCGAGCUGUGUUACAAAUCAACCAAGUUUAAAAAAGUGGGCAAAAGGACAACCACACAUGUAAUAAUGUCUAAAUUUGUCUCAUUAGUGAAACGAUUCAUUGUCUCAUCACAGGCGCUUACAUAAAAAAACUAGUUUGAAAGCUCUACUAUACAGUUUUCCACUAGCAUGCUAUCAGGAUCUUGAUCUUGCUGUAUAGUGUGUUAUGCAACUGAACAUGAAAUAUAUCUCAUUUUGCAGACAUGAUCAUGACUUACAAGAUCAGAUUAUGACAUAUAGAAUAGUGCAGUUUCACUAUGUUUGACUCGGCUAGUAAACGUCUUAAUUAAGGUGGCUGUCCACUGCAUUUUGGGAAGUGCAGAAUUUAUAAUGGUGGUCUGAAUAUGUAUAACUUUUACUUCAAAAUAGGGAGAAAACACCUCUGCGUUUGAUUGGAAUGGUUAUGAAAAGUGAUUCCCCCUUUGCGUUAUUGUUGCUAGAGGCUAAACAAGUCACAGAAACCCAAAGUGAAAUAAAUUGUCUGCAGUUUAUAUACGUCCACGUUUGAGGAAGCACUUUCCUUUUGAUAUUACAUACUUAGGGCCGGUUGUUCAAAAUCUGAUUAGCUUAACCCUGGGUUAACCUAAAAUUCAAAGCAAACUUUCCAACAGCUUGUUUAUAAUGUUUGUGAUAUUACUCUGAGUGUGAAUCCUCACCAGGCAAGCUGAAACGUUUGCUUCACCAUGGUGGGAAUCGAACCCGCGACCUUUGGGAUACUAUAGUCCAAUGCUCUGCCAACUGAGCUACGAGGUCAAGUCGGUUCGAGUUGGUGAUAUUUCGAAAUUGAAAUAUUUCUUCAGACAUAUUUUGUUGGAUCAGUAGAAGUUUUCUUCUCUAUAGUCUUGAAAUAAACAGACGUGCAGAAAUACAUAAACUAAAACAGCAGGUUAAAUUUUAAUCGGGGGUUAGCGCUAACCCAGCUUUGAACAACUGGCUCCAGGUGUACUGUAUAUGUUACUUUGUAUAAAAUACGAAAAGUUUUGUGACAAAAAUGGCGGUAACCUCUGAUUUUGUGACAAAAAAUGGCGGUAACCACGAUCUCACUGAUCUUUGUUUUUUUCAUUGCAUUUUGUGAAAGAGCCCGAAAAUUUACCAAAAUUAUACUAUAUUUGAAAUGAAGGACAAAACGAGAGAUUUGUUUCUUUAUUAACAGUUAUUCUGGUGAUUUCGUGUUGUUUGGCAUGGAGAACGGUGUAGUGAGAAUCCUUCCUGUUCAUGGCAAGAAUGUAUUAGAUUCAUUAACAACAUACUGGGCACUUCAUGCACAUGAUAGUCAACAUGGAGCAAUUACUGCUAUCAGAACCAGCUUUGAUGAUCGAUAUGUGUUUACUGUGGGUGCUGAUGGCAAUUUCUUUGUCUAUAAUUUCAUGAGUGAUGCAACAUUGAAAGAAUCCAAGCCUAUACCACCAAUGACAAUACCCAGGAUACAGGUACGUGUAUAAUAUAGCCCUAUGGAGUUUUCAGUCUGCAAAUAAACUUACUAACAGUAGCUCAUUGAUGAUGUACGUUGUGCUACUCCUUUCUGCGUGAAAUAGUAAUGAAGAAUGAGAAAUAUACAGUAUUCUGUUGGAAUUUUUAAGUUCUGCUAAAAUUUUGGAUAUUCUGCAGGAAUUUUUUAAGACCACCUGUCUUUUUUGUAUCCCUGCAGAGCUGCAGUAAUUUUAUUUUUGUUCUCCAAAUGACUUUUUAGAAUAUUCUCUUUGCAUUUUUGAUUGAUCUCUAACCAGUAGUUCGUUAACUUACUAAAUUGUACAUAAUCUUCCCCUCGAAAUUUCCAUCUACAAAAGACUUUCAACUGUUAGUUCAAUCGAGCGAGUUGCCAAAAAAUCUCGAUAUUUACCCAUGAAGUAUGCAUGUACUGUUUUGCUAAAUACGUUAUUGUACGCGCCUCGAGAUGUCAUCUGUUAAACUCAUGUUAAAAAGUAUUCGUGCGUCAGUUAUUUUGUAAGACUAGACGUGCAUUAAGUGUAACUGCAUUCUGUGGUGUAGAAAACGUUUGAAGCAUGUUUGUCAGUAACAAUAUACAACAAUAUACUUUUCAGACUGUUAUUGGUGAAGAUGGACAAGAAGUGCCGAAGACAAUCGAUGAUAUUGAUGAUCCUAAUUAUUACAGGUAGAUUUAUUGUGCAUUGCUUAAUGUCCUCGCCUGUAUUGUCCAGUUGGGUCGAAUCACUUGCUAUAAAUAAUUUCCGAAUACCCCGACCGAGAAUGAAACGAAUGGUCAUUGUUCUGACACACUAGCGCUCUGACCACUCUACGAGUUUAACAGUUAGUACGGUCGUUGGACGAUGUAGGCUGAGCCAGCCAGGAAUAAUAGGAUUGAUUCAUGUUCAUAAUGGGGUGAGGCGGUUAAUAGAUAAACCGAAAAACCCGAUGUUUUGUGAAAACCGAUGUUGCUCUAGGCGAAAAACCGAAAAAGAUAUCCGAAAAAACUGUUUGAAACUCAGUAAUAUUGAAACAAAAUGGCAGUUUUUUCAAACGGUUUUCGGUUUUUACCCUGAACCACCUCACUUCACACCUGCAUCCUACUAUGACACUUUCGCAUAACAGUGCUUUGCAUAUUGUUUUGCUUUAGCUUCUAUCCAACUUAUGCAUGUAUGUGCGUUUUAGUAUUAUUAGUAUUUAUUUAUUUGCUUUAGCUUCUAUCCAACCUAUGUAUGCAUGUGCGUUUUAGUAAUUACUAAUCAUGUCAUUUUAAUACAGCAUUGAACUUGAAAAACAGAAAGCAGAACAUGACAGAAUGGUCAAAAUAGCUGAAGAGAAGAAACAGGUAACUAUGGAACUGAUCUUUGGAAAUUUUUGUUACCUGAUGUCUCAAUUUCCAUUCAAUUAAUCUACCAAAUUUUCUUUUAAUUGAUGUUCAGAAUGUUCGUCGUGGGAUUGCGAAACUGAGAAGAUCUUUCAAAUCUCUUCUUGUUCAGAACAAAGGUCUACCGGAGUAUUUGUGUAUUAAGGCACAGGUAAUUAUCAACUUCAAACUUUUGUCUCCUAAUGCUAACGGCUACCACCAAUCCUAAUCUUAACGCCAUUCAAUCGUUAUCCUACCCUAAACUUAAAACUGCAUAUGCACCCAAGUUACUCUGAUAUUGGAGAUUGAUAUGGAGAUUCACCAUUUCUCGUCGAGGCUGAACAUACAGUAUAUAUAUACAGUAAGCUCUUUCUUUUGUUCUACAGGAAUUGGAAAUUGAUCCAGAAAUCCGAAAACAACAGGAAAUUGAGGCUACAGAAAAGGUUUGCCAAGUUGUAAUUUUUGUAUUGGUUGUGAAAAUUUUAAAGUGCAUUGUUACGUCAAUGAUCUCAUUACUUUGUAGGUUAAAACAGUAUGGUUGCCAAGUUAGUUAGAAAAGUCACAAAUUUCAACAUGAUAUAUUAGGAUAUAAAUCUGUCUAAUUUCUUGCAGCGCUCCAAUUCCCUCUAUUUUUUAUCACAGAUUGAUCUAGUUCACAAGGAACUGGCUUGGGAGUCAGAGAAACACUCGAUAGGAUUACGAAAACUACGAGACAGGUUCGUGUUGAGCUGUAUCAUGCACCUGUACAGCUUAUUGCACCAUCAUCGUUCUAGUCGCUUGUCACAACAUAGUUAAUAUAUAAAUAGGGUUUUUGUAGAUGGAAAUUUCGAGUCUAAAUUUUAUACAUUUAUUCAGACCUAACCAGGAGCAGCUGCCCUAUAGGGCCUUUAGUUGCAUUUUUCGCACUGUUCCUGGUUAGGGCUUAUAAUUGUGUUAAAUUUACACUCGAAAUUUCUACAAAAUCCUUCAACAUUAGUUCAAUCGAGUGAGAUGCCCGCAAAUCCUGCUAAUUAAAUAUAUAAAUACAUUAUAAGAUACACUACCUACGAUGAGAAUUCCAGUUGGAUCUCCAGGGCCGAUAAAGAAGUAGUGCACUACGAGAUCAUGUUGAGGUUGACAGAAAAAAAGAGCGAAUGAUAAAAUGUCAAAAAGAAGGAAGGAAGGAAUAAGAUCAUUAGAUUGAAUGGCAAAAUAUUUAGUAAACCGGACCAUAUGGUUGCCAAAUUAGUAAAAAAAAUUUACAAAUUUCAACACGAUAAAUCAGGAUAUACUGUACAUAUUAUUACUACAGUACAAAGAUUCCUCGAUAUUUCAGGUUUCAAAGUAUGAUGGAAUGUGACCGAAUCAUUAUUUACGCGUGUCGAAGUCCGUACCAAGUCUCCAGUUUUCGUUCCGCGAAAUUACCAGAACUUCAUGAAUCUCUUAAGCAGUCCUUGGAGGAAGCCGCUAAAGAAGGGACGUCUGCUGCUAACCAAAAGAAAUUCAGUAUCCCUGGUUUCAAAGGAAUGUUACCUUAUGGUAAACGACGCUCAACUCAGGUUGACACCCGUAAGAAAAGUCAACAACCAACCACUGGUCUUAUAGCACCUCCUGCUGCUGCUGGAACGGGUGGACAGGUUGGAGGCAAGGUGGCCAAAGCUUUAGAGAAAGCUGAACAUAGACGAAUAAAGCGACAGUUAAGACAAGCUGAGGUGAGAAGCUAUAAUGUCCUGUACUGUGUGUGCUGUAUACUCUGCCAUUAUAUUCUGUUGUAA